AUGAUCGUCAGAAUUCUAAGAGUGUUACCAGACGUCUUCAUGUCUUCACGCCCCACGUCCCCCCUUCCUAACAUAAAGAUUCGCAAUGCUGGCACUCCAGUGACGGCCGAAAACGUCGCCAGCCACGCAAUCGCCUCCACAGACUCAGUCGCCUGGUUUGGGGGUCCCGUCGCGGCCCCCGUCGCACACUGGGCCGCACGCGCCCGAGUCCGGCCCGCCUCGAAAGCGCGUCCGCCGCUGGCACAAGCGCGGUUUCACUGGCUGCCCCACCUGUCACCGUCGCCAUGUUCGUUGCGACGAGGCUUCACCGACCUGCAAUAA